CUCCACACCUCUUUAUAUACCACGCGCGAACUCGAGAGCGGCUGAGAAAAACAAAAACCACAAGGCAACGAUCCAGCUGAGCACUGCCUGCACCAACCAAGAAAGCUAAGCCAAAUCGAGAGGAAGAAUUAAUGGGGGAGGCGCCGCCGUGCAGCGUUGUGCCGCGCCGGGCCGCCGCGCAUUUCCGCCUGCCGCGCCGCAAGGUCCACGUCGUUCGGCUCGGGAACGGCGACGCCGGCGUACGGCGGGCGGGUUGCGCCCGCGGCCUCCGGGGCCGGAUCAAGUUCCGGUGGCUCAGCAGCGCGAUGUGGCGCCUUGCCGGGAUUUGCGUGGCGGUGCUGUCGGGGCCGCCCAGGGUUUCCGACGCCCCGCCGUCGUGGACGGGCGUGGAGCCGUGCUUCGCGGCGCCGUUCGUGCCGGCCGUGCUGGUGCCGCGCGCGGGACAAGACUGCUAGCUGCUUACGGUGCUGCCUUGCGAUCGCUAAUGUACAUAUCACUACCGCCCAAUUGAGCAGUAAAUUAGUAUGUAACCAUUUUUUACCGCUACACAGGCGGUUUGUUGAUGUCUGAAACUCUGAAGAUUGCAUGCUUGCAUUCGCUGCUGUUUCUCUGGAUUUCCUUUACUUAUCUCGUUAGUUUUUGACAA